AUGGUGAAGGACACCGCGUACUACGACACCUUGGGGGUCAGCACUGACGCCGCCGCCGCCGAGAUCAAGAAGGCGUAUUACCUCAAGGCCAAGAUGGUUCACCCGGACAAGAAUCCCGGGAACCCCGAUGCCGCGCGAAAGUUUCAGGAGUUAGGUGAGGCCUAUCAAGUCCUAAGUGAUCCUGCGAAAAGGGAGUCUUAUGAUAAGCGUGGAAAAGAAGGUUUAUCCCAGGAUAAUAUGAUUGAUCCAACUACUGUCUUUGGGAUGCUUUUUGGGAGUGACUACUUUCAAGAUUAUGUUGGCCAGCUUGCAUUGGCAUCCGUGGCUUCCGUGGAGAGUGAGGAAGAUUCGGGUAGUCCAGAGGCAAGGGCAAGGAUUCAAGAGAAAAUAAAGUUGUUGCAAACGGAAAGAGAGCAAAAACUUAUUCUGAGCCUUAAGAAUCGAAUUCAACCAUACGUCGAUGGACAGCAAAAGGAAUUUGGCGACUGGGCAAGUGCAGAAGCUGAACGCUUGUCUCAAGCCGCUUUUGGUGAGGCUAUGCUUCACACCAUUGGCUACAUAUAUGUUCGACAAGCAGCAAGAGAACUUGGAAAAAGCAAAAUGUAUAUGGGCGUGCCAUUCAUUGCUGAGUGGGUAAGGGACAAGGGCCACCAUGUAAAGUCACAGGUUAAUGCAGCUUCAGGUGCAAUUGCUCUGAUACAAUUACAAGAGGGGAUGAAAAAGAUUGAGGAUGGUGACAACAAGGAAGAGCAGAUACUGAAGAGUAUUGAGGAGAAAAAGGAUGCCAUGCUUAAUUCUUUGUGGAAAAUUAAUGUGGUUGACAUUGAGUCAACGUUAUGGCGUGUCUGUCGAGCAUUUUUGAGAGAGAAUGCUGUCUCCAAAGAUGUUCUCACGUUGCGAGCAAAAGGACUGAAAAAGCUGGGGACAAUAUUCCAAGGCGCGAAAUCACCCUACCAUCGCGAGAACAGCCUGCGUGUUGAACGUCGCACGGCGGAGGAGACGCCGUCGAACUGA